CCGCCUCCGUGGAAACGCACUUCCGGGGACGCCUCCUUGCUUGCUGACCUCUGCACAGCCCUGCAGAGCCAGCAAAGCCCAGCAGAGCAAGCAAGGCGAAAUGGACGGUCGGGUGCAGCUGAUAAAGGCCCUGCUGGCCCUGCCGAUCCGGCCGGCGACACGUCGCUGGAGGAACCCGAUCCCCUUUCCCGAGACGUUUGACGGCGACACCGACCGGCUGCCGGAGUUCAUCGUGCAGACGGGCUCCUACAUGUUCGUGGACGAGAAGACGUUCUCCAGCGACGCGCUCAAGGUGACGUUCCUCAUCACCCGCCUCACGGGGCCCGCCCUGCAGUGGGUGAUCCCCUACAUCAAGAAGGACAGUCCCCUCCUCAGUGAUUACCGGGGCUUUCUGGCCGAGAUGAAGGGCGUCUUUGGCUGGGAGGAGGACGAGGGACUUCUAGGCCGCCGGAGCCUCUGCCCCGGGGCCGGCUGCCCUGGGGAGGGUGGGCUGCCCGCCGGCCGCCGCCAGGGUCGCCGCGGGCGGCCCCCGCCGCGCUCGCGCCCGAGUCGAGUCCCGCCGCCCCCCUGCUCCCCGAGUCGCCGCGGCGUCCCCUCGCCCCCGCCCGCCCGCCCGCGUCGUGCUUGCCUUUGUUCCAGGAAUAGCGCUCCAGGCUGGCGCUGCUGCCUCUGGGCCUGGCUCUGGACAGCGCCGCCGCCCUGCCCGCUGCCGCCGGCCCGGCCUGUGCCCUGCACCGGGGGCCGCCGUCCGGCCCUCGGGCUGCAGGCUGGGCCCCCGCCGCGCGGCCGACGACCAACCACGCACCGCCGGCCGCCCCCCGCCAGCCCGCAUCGCUCUGCCCACGCACCUGCACUGCCGCCGCCGCCGCCGCCGCCGCCCCCGGCCUCCAGCCGACAGACUGCUAUUCUGAGCCACCUGGACUCCCCUCCGAGGGGUCUGGGCUGGCAGCGGCCCUCGGACCCCGACUGCGGAGAGCCGGCUGCCCGGACGGGCCAGCCGGCCUCCCACCAUGAGUGA